ACAAACGCAUCAAUUCAUCGUCAACGAUGAAUUGAUCAGCUCUUGACUUCAUUGGACUUCUGACCAGAAACCUUGAGACACAACACAACGAUGAAGCAAAGCAAAGGGGGAAGAAGGAUCUAGAAAUUGAAGUAAGAAUUCAAACUCAAAGGGAGUAGAAAAUGGAUGGAGUAGCUGAAGGACUGUGGGAAUUGGCUGAUUUGCACGAGAAGAAUGGCGAAAUUGCGAAAUCAGUCAAGUGUCUUGAAGCCAUUUGUCAAAGCACUGUAUCGUUUCUUCCCGUUAUCGAAGUCAAAACACGUCUUAGAAUCGCUACUAUGCUUCUCAAGCAUUCUCAUAACGUUAAUCAUGCGAAAUCUCACCUUGAACGCUCCCAACUACUCUUGAAGUCGAUCCCCUCAUGUUUUGAGUUGAAGUGCAGAGCUUAUAGCUUACUGAGCCAAUGUUACCAUGUUGUCGGAGCUGUUUCUUCUCAAAAACAGCUAUUGAACAAGGGAUUAGAACUUACUGCUACGUUUGGGGAGGGGUUUUCUGGGAAGUUAUGGUCAUGCAACUUCAAUUCACAGCUUGCAAAUGCUCUCAUCAUAGAAGGAGAUUAUCAGGGUUCAAUAUCUGCUCUGGAGCAUGGUUAUGUUUGUGCAAGUGAGAUGUAUUAUCCAGAGUUACAGAUGUUUUUUGCAACUUCAGUUCUGCAUGUACACCUCAUGCAGUGGGAAGACGGAAGCUUAGUUGAAGGUGCUGUAAAUAGAUGCAAUGGUGUUUGGGAAUCCAUUGAUCAUGACAAAAGACAGCAAUGCCUUGGUUUAUUCUUUUACAAUGAGUUGCUCCACAUAUUUUAUCUACUCCGUAUAUGUGACUACAAGAAUGCUGGUCAACAUGUCGAUAAAUUAGAUGCUGCCAUGAAGACUGACUCACAGAAGAUGCAGCAUGUGCGAGAGCUCUCAAAAGAACUCAAUAUAGUAAAUGAAGGUCUUUCACAACCUGAUCUACCCCAUAGAGAUAGGGCUACACUCAGUUCAAGAAGAAUUAUACUUGAAGAAGAAAUCAAUAAUUUUAUUGGACCAAGUUCGAUUGGUGGCCAAGAAGCUUUGGAACCUGCGUACUUUGGUAAUGUGAAACGAGAAUUUGGCGAGAAGCUUGAGUUGGCACCUCCUCCUAUUGAUGGGGAGUGGCUACCAAAAAGUGCUGUAUAUUCGCUAGUUGAUCUUAUGGUUGUUGUUUUUGGUCGCCCAAAGGGACUCUUUAAGGAGUGUGGAAAGAGAAUUCAAUCUGGACUAAAUACUAUCCAAGCGGAGCUGGUGAAAUAUGGAAUAGCUGAUGGUGCAACAGCAGAAGUGGAUUUGCAGCACUCUGCCAUUUGGAUGGCUGGAGUAUACUUGAUGAUCUUGAUGCAGUUUCUUGAGAAUAAAGUAGCCAUGGAACUCACUCGUUCAGAAUUUGUUGAAGCGCAAGAGGCAUUAUUAGAGAUGAGGGAUUGGUUCAACCGUUUUCCCACAAUUUUGCAAGCUUGUGAAAGCCUUAUUGAGAUGCUCAGAGGGCAAUAUGCUCAUUGUGUCGCCUGCUAUAGUGAAGCUGCUUUUCAUUUUGUUGAGGCAGCAAAGCUAACUGAGAGCAAAUCAGCACAAGCCAUCUGUGAGGUUUAUGCAGCUGUGUCUUACAUAUGCAUCGGUGAUCCAGAUUCCUAUGCAAAGGCUUUAGAGUUAAUUGGACCAGUUUACAGAACGAUUGAUUCUUUUGUUGGAGUAAGAGAGAAAACAACUGCUCUUUUUGCAUAUGGUUUUCUAUUGAUGAGGCAGGAGAAUCUACAAGAAGCACGGGUUCGAUUGGCAAGUGGCUUGCAGACAACACACACGACUCUGGGGAAUCUUCAACUCGUGUCACAGUAUCUGACAGUACUUGGCAAUCUAGCACUAGCUCUUCAUGAUACCGUCCAAGCCAGAGAGAUCUUGAGGUCCUCCCUUACUUUGGCAAAGAAGCUUUAUGAUAUUCCAACUCAGAUUUGGGUCCUAUCAAACCUUACGGCAUUGUAUGAGCAAGUAGGUGAAAAGGGGAGUGAAAUGGAGAAUCGUGAAUACGAGAAGAAAAAGGUGGACGAUCUGCAAAAACGACUUGCUAAUGCGUAUGCAUCAACUCAUCAUCUUGAGCUCAUUGAGAAAUCAAAAUUCCAAGUCCGAAGACUAAAUGAAGUUGAUAUCAAGCGAGCGAUUGCUGGUCCAUCCACGAGAGUUGAUCUCGACAUUCCUGAGUCCAUCGGCUUGUCAUCCUCAACACCCCAACCUUCAUCACGGCUCAUGGACGUCGAUAUCGGCAGACGCGUGACGAGAAAAGGGUAGUUUCCUUCCUU